AUGUACACCUUCCACCCGAGGCUUUUGUCCCACUGCUUUGUCCACCAGACUUUUGUUACCGCUGCGGACUUCGAAUUUGGACGCGCACUAUCAAAACGUCUCCCGCUCACUGAAACACCACCCGCCAACAUGUGCGAGCAGCACUACACAAAGUAUGCGUAUGAUGACUGUGGCCACCGCGAAGUGGAAAAGGCCGACUUUGAGUACUGCGCUAUUGCUGCUGAUGAAGGCUUUUCGGCCUGCCGCAAGGUGAAGGACGCGUACAGCAAAGUGACGCGGGCAGGCAAGUGCUACAACUGCAUCGACAACAUAUACUAG